AUGAAUCAUAUUACAUUACAUUCAACAAAUAUACCAAAAUCAUUAUUAUCUCAACAAAUAGAAAUUAAUUUUAAUAGUUCAAUUCUUAAUCUUUUACAAACAAAACGUCUUUUUACAUUACUUGAUUCACCUAUAUUAAUUAGUAGUAAAAAUUCAUUACCAACAUUAACUGUACUUCCAUUAAUAUUUUUAAUACGAUUAAAACAUGAAGCAAAACAACAUGGUUUAUAUUUACAUGAUAUAAGAUUAAGUGGUGGUGCUGCAUCAUUUAUUCUUGAUCCAACAGGUGAUUUAGCAUUUCGUGAUUUAGAUUUUUUAAUAUCAGUCAAUGAUGUGACAUCAGAAUCGACAUGGUCUAAUAUAAAAAAAGCUGUAUUUACAUCUUUACCAUUAUCAAAUAAAGAGAAUCAAUGUUUAUCAACAGAAAUCUAUACAGAUAAAAUGAUUCGUAUUAUUAAUGAACAUGAUCGUUGGGGUUUAAUAUCACUUCGAAAUGUUGAUGGUCGAAAUUUAGAAUUAAAAUUUGUUGAACAUAUGAAAAGACAAUAUCAAUUUUCCGUUGAUUCAUUUCAAAUUUUACUUGAUCCUUUAUUGAAUUAUAUUUAUCUAACAAAAAAAAUUGAUUUAUAUCCAUCAAUUAUUGUUCUAUCAAGUUAUGGAAAUAUUUCUGAAGCAUUUCAACAUUUACAUUAUCGUUUAAUAGCUGUUAAAGCACCUGAAGAAUUACGUGGAGGUGGACUUUUAAAAUAUUGUGAUUUAAUUGCGCGAGGUUUUCGUCCAGCAAAUCAAAUACAAAUGAAAGAUUUACAACGUUAUAUGUGUUCAAGAUUUUUUAUUGAUUUUAGAGAUUCAUUAACACAAGAACAAGUUUUAUUUAAAUAUGUUACAAGUCAUUUUGGAAUUGAUUAUGAUGUACGGUAUCGAUUUUUACGUUGUUUAUAUGAUGUUAUAUCAACUGAUAGUGUUUGGUUAAGUGCUUUUGAAAGAAUUUGUUUUUUACGAACGAUUUCAAUAAUGAUUUCAUCGAUUAUGCCAUUAAAAGUAGUUAAUAAUGUUAAACCAUUACUAAAAUCGACGUGUGCUUAUUCAUCAAAGAAAUCAACAUUAAAUCAGUCGUCAAGAAAAUAUUCUCCAACGUGUACAAUAUCAAAUCAAGAAUGUCUGACACCAUCUGUUCCAACAUCCAAUACUUUAAUUAAAUCACCAUCAGAAAAAUCAACAAAUCUUAUUCUUCUUUCUCCUACACCAAUGACAUCUUUAUCAUUUGAACAAAUAGAUAUAUUUGUUCAAAUAGUCAAUAGUCUUCGUACUGAACUUUUUCCUAAACUCAAUAAUUUUUUGUCCUCAAUGUAG